CAUAAUUUGGACGCAACCCAUGACUCCAAAUAAUCUAGACUCCUUUAUCGUCUCAAAAAAGCCACCACCAGAAGCGCUUGCUGCCUCUCAAGAAAUCCGGGACCGCGGCUCUCUAUUUUCAGCAACGAUUUACUCGGCUACUUCACCGUCACAAGCUUCAGCAUGCAUAACACACGUUCGGAACGUCGUUCAUGCGCUGAAACCUGCUUCCCACGAGAUGAGUGCAUGGCGUUGCAUGGUGGUCAAGCAAGGUUCUACUGGAUUGGGCGGUCCUGAAGACUUUGAGGUGCGCGAGGGUAGCUCAGAUGAUGGCGAACGCUGGGGCGGCGAAAAAAUACUCGGUCUGAUGCGCAAGCAGGGUGUCCUUGAUGCAGUCGUUAUCGUCAGUCGAUGGUACGGCGGUGUCAUGCUUGGUCCUGCUCGGUUCAGCCAUAUCGAAACAUGCACCGUCGAAGUUUGUCGAGAGUUCAGACGCAGGGAGGAAGUCAGCGAGGCCCUAUCGACCUUGAACACCCUUGACGACAUUCUGAAGCAACUGCGCACGGAGCUAGCUGUCUUGCGGCAGCAAAGCGCUGGAACUGAACGGAAAGCUGCCGAGUACUCUUCUUGGAUAGACCAGGAUCUUCCCAAGGCUCGAAGGCUGAUCCGGGCUAGAGAGAGCGCAAUUAGCACCGUCAAGGAACUUAUCGUGAAGGAGCAGACGGCCAGUCAAGCGCCGCCGCCUCCAUGAUCGAAGACGCACGUUCCUUCUCUAUCCGGCUGCGCCGCCAUUCUGUUGCAUGGGACGGAUCUCACAACACUGCACUCCAUAUCUUGACCGCUUGGGUGCACGACUGAAGUGAACCACAUGUUACAUGCACGGUCCGGGAAAGUGUCUGACCAUCGCAAGAUGCGGUCAUCUCAAUUCAUCCGGGGUCCCCUUUGACUCGGGACCACACAGCAUCAGAAAGAAUUAUUGCUAUCCGUGGAACGUGGCGUUCGGCGUCGAUGUGGCCUGAUGGAGGUCGAUACAGCCGAUCAGCUGCAUCGAUAGCAUAUCAUG